CUCCCCGUUCCCCCAGGAGAUGACUCCAAAGAAGAGCCCGGACACGUCGGUGCUGGAGCUGGCCGUGAGGCUGAGGAAACAGGCCGAGGCCAGGAAGGUGGUGCUGGCCUGGGGGCUGCUCAACAUCUCCCUGGCCGGGCUCAUCUACACGGAAAUGACUGGGAAGCUCCUGAGCACGUAUUACAACAUCAGCUGCUUCCCUCUGUGGUACAUUGGUGAGUCCCUGCCACAUUCCAGAGCACAAAAGGGGUACAGGGUCACCCAGUUCUUGACUGUUUCCAGCUUCAGCCACUCUCCCAACGGAUCCCCCUAUUCCCCGGGAGCGGCGGACGGCGGCGGGAUGAGGUCCCACUACCGGUUCUCCCCCAUCCUGUACAACAACAACACCCACAAGGAUGACUACAUCACUGAUGUCAAAUCCCUGGACACCUUCCUGAGGAACGAGGAGGAGAAGCAGCACAGAGUCCAGCUGGGGAGCUCCGACUCCAGCUCCCCUUCCAGCAGCCCGACCUUCUGGAAUUACAGCCGCUCCAUGGCAGACCACGCCCAGAUCCUGAGGAAAUUCCAGUACCAGCUGGCCUGCAGGUCCCAGGCUCCAUCAGCACACAAGGAUGAGGCAGAUCUGAGCUCCAAACAGGCAGCAGAGGAGGUCUGGGCGCGGGUGACGAUGAACAGGCAGCUCCUGGAUCACAUGGAUUCCUGGACAGCCAAGUUCAGGAAUUGGAUCAACGACACCAUCCUGGUGCCCCUGGUGGAGGAGAUGGAGUCGGUGAGCACCCAGCUGAGGAGGAUGGGCUGCCCCGAGCUGCAGAUCGGAGAGGCCAGCAUCAGCAGCCUGAAGCAGGCAGCCCUGGUGAAAGCUCCUCUCAUCCCCACCCUCAACGCCCUGGUGCAGUACCUGGAUCUCACCCCAAACCAGGAAUACCUGGUGGAGAGGAUCAGAGAGCUUUCCCAGGGCGGCUGCAUGAGCUCCUUCCGAUGGAACGGAGGAGGAGACUUCAAGGGACGCAAGUGGGACACGGACCUGCCCACGGACUCCUCGGUGAGAUCCCACACACACCGGGAUGGGGGGGAUUGGAGCUGCUUGUUUUUUGGGAUAGGCUUUGGAGGGGGCAGCCAGGGAGGCCUUGGGGAAUGUGGUGAAGGCAGGAAUAACAUGUUCCACACCCUGCUCAUGUUCCUGUACAUCAUCAAGACCAAGGAAUCCGGGAUGCUGGGGCGUGUCAAUCUGGGAUUGUCGGGAGUCAACAUCCUGUGGAUCUUCGGGGAGUGACCCAUCCCUGCUCCGAGACAUCCACGGUUUUGGGUUAAACCCGGAUCAUUUAAGCUCAGCUUAGGGCACAGAGCAGUGAAAUUGUCUGGAAUUCCUGCGUGGACUCCUUCCCGAGGCAUCCCAUGGAAUAUUCCACCUGGGAACGAGCUCCAGGCAGGAUUAGGAUUCUCCUUCCCGCUCCUCACCUGAACAGCCCGGCUUAAACUGAGCUUAACUGAUCCAGACUAAACCCGUGAGGGUCGUGCACAGCCAUGGAUGAUCCAACACUUGGAAGGAUCCAACAAUCUGGGGCACUCCAGGAUCCAAAAAAUCCCAGCUGGACACGAGGAAAUCCAAACCAGGGGGGUUUAGACUCGGCUUUGCUUCGUUUUAUUAUAAAAACCCCACAACUUUUGCUCCUGGUUAUCGGUGUCACCGUGUCUCUGACCCCACAAGGUGUUGCUGUAAAGGGAAGAGAAACCCUUUGGACUCGCUGGGUUCAGCAAAUCCCAGGUUUUUUACUUAUAUUUGGAAGUUUUAUUUUCUUUUUCUGUUUGUUUUUUAGUUAAUCUUUCAGUUCCAAACCAGCUCAGCCUCCCGGGUGCCUUGGGAUUUAAUUCUGCUCCUCCCCUUUUGUUCAUUAAUUACCUCUUUUUUUUAGGGACUGGGAUGUGGCUGCAGCAACCCCAAAUUUUUUUUUGGGGGGGGAAAAAACCAGUUGGAUUUGUUUCCAAAAAGGGGCUCAAUUGAUGUUUGUUUGCCAAAUUCCCACUUCAGUUAUUCCUGCUGCUGUAAAUUCUGGCAAAGGUGAAUUUGUGUGGGACCACAGAUCCGUGGGAUCCCUGGAGUUUAUUUUUCAUGGAGGUGGGAAAAGAGGGAUUUGUGGAACUUUGUGCUGGUUUUUGGUGUGAACUGACAGGUUUUGGUGACUCUCCCUCUCCUCUGGGGACCCGGGUUUUUCUGAGGAACGGGACCAAAGUGGCUCAUUUGGUUCCUGAAUUAAAUGAGUUCCUUUUAUCAAAA